CAGAGUUGAAGGAGGAGAAUUAUAAAGUAGGCAGUUUCUUUUUUGCCAGAGAACAGAGGCUCUCGGCUGGAGAAGCCUCUGCCACUCCUAACUGAUCCCUUCUCUUCAUCAAAAAUAGACACCAAAAACUCUAAGAAAAGAAAUCCAACCCUUCCAACCAAAGAUGCAGAAGCCUUAUUAACACAAAGAUUCCAAGACUUUUCUCUUCUUUUCCUGACGCGACUUUCUGGAGGAAACUUCAAUCUUGUUUUCAGGAAGCUGAAUGUGAAGUGGAGUGGCUGAGAUGUCCCAACCGGCCUUUUUUGCCGUUCUUCUUUGCAUGACGCUGGUUCCCCUCCAGGCUCAGUAUGAUGACAUAACCUUCAGUCCUCGCCCAGCUGCCUGUCCAGAGAAGACAGACUGCCCCAUCAACGUGUACUUUGUCAUUGACACCUCGGAGAGCAUUGCCCUGCAGACUGUGCCCAUCCAGAGUCUGGUGGAUCACAUGAAGCAGUUCAUCCCGGCCUUCAUCAAUAAACUGGAGACCGAGGUCUACCAGAACCAGGUCUCCAUCACAUGGAAUUUCGGGGGACUUCACUUCUCAGACGUGGUGGAGGUUUACAGUGCCUUGACCAACCUCAAGGACGUGUACCUCUCCAAGCUGAAUGGCAUCAGGUACAUUGGCCGGGGCACGUUCACAGACUGCGCGAUAUCCAACAUGACCGCUCAGAUCCCGACCCACCAAGACCGUGCCGUAAACUUCGCUGUGGUCAUCACCGACGGCCAUGUGACGGGCAGCCCCUGUGGCGGGAUGAAGAUGCAGGCCGAGAAGGCCCGGGAUGCAGGGAUCAAGCUCUUUGCAGUGGCCCCCAGCCAGAACAUCUUCGAGCAGGGUCUCCGGGAGAUCGCCAACCUCCCCCACGAGCUGUACCGCAACAACUAUUCCACCACCAAGAGAGGUGCCAUCGAGGUGAACGAGGACACCAUUGACCGGAUUAUCCAAGUCAUGAAACAUGAAGCCUAUGGCGAGUGCUACAAGAUGAGCUGUCUGGAGAUCGCAGGCCCGCCUGGGCCCAAGGGCUACCGGGGGCAGAAGGGUGCAAAGGGGAACAUGGGUGAACCAGGAGGUCCUGGGCUCAAAGGGCGACGGGGUGACCCAGGUAUCGAAGGUCCCAUUGGAUACCCUGGUCCCAAGGGUAUUCCUGGUCUGAAAGGAGACAAGGGCGAGUUUGGAGGCGACGGCCGGAAGGGGGCAGCUGGUUUCGCAGGAAGGAACGGCACCGAUGGACAGAAGGGCAGUCUGGGACGGAUUGGAUCCCCUGGCUGUAAGGGAGACCCUGGGGACAAGGGCCCUGAUGGUUACCCAGGAGAUGCAGGAGAUCAAGGAGAAAAAGGAGAUGAAGGCGUAAAGGGAGAUCCUGGCCGCCCCGGCAGCAACGGACCCCAGGGAUCCCCAGGAGAAAAAGGAAACAGGGGACCUAAAGGAAACAACGGAGCCCCUGGGAGCCCUGGUACCAAGGGAGGCAAAGGAGGCCCAGGACCUGCUGGACCCAAGGGAGAGCGGGGUCGUCGCGGGGAUCCAGGCACAGAAGGCAGCCCGGGGACCACUGGGACCAAGGGAGAGAAGGGAGACCCCGGCCCCGAAGGCCUCCGGGGCCUGCCUGGAGAAGUUGGCAGCAAAGGAGCAAAGGGCGAUCGAGGACUGCCGGGGCCCCGAGGCCCGCAGGGUGUCGAGGGAGAACCAGGCAGGCCUGGAUCUAGUGGGAACCCAGGCGACAAGGGCCCAAGGGGCAACCAAGGGCCCCCAGGACAAAAGGGAGACCAAGGCAGACCUGGCUUCAGCUACCCUGGCCCCAUAGGACUUAAGGGCGACAAAGGCGAGAAUGGGUCACCUGGUCCAGAGGGUGGAAGGGGUGACCUGGGAGAGAAAGGCGAGCCUGGGCUGAAAGGAGGCAAAGGGGAUCCUGGUGACCCCGGCCCACCCAGCCCACGAGGCCUCAGAGGCAACAAAGGCGACAAGGGCGACGAGGGUGGCCCGGGCUCACCCGGAGAUCCUGGCCUAACCGAAUGCGAUGUGAUGACCUACGUGAGAGAAACCUGCGGCUGCUGCGACUGUGAGAAGCGCUGUGGUGCCCUGGACAUCGUGUUUGUCAUAGACAGCUCCGAAAGCAUCGGCUACACCAACUUCUCUCUGGAGAAGAACUUUGUCAUCAACGUGGUCAGCCGCCUGGGCUCCAUUGCCAAGGACCCCAAGUCAGAGACAGGUGCCCGGGUCGGGGUGGUGCAGUACAGCCACGAGGGGACGUUCGAGGCCAUCCAGCUCAACGACGAGCGCAUCAACUCGCUGUCCAACUUCAAGGAGGCGGUGAAGCGUCUGGAGUGGAUCGCCGGGGGCACCUGGACACCCUCCGCCCUGCAGUUUGCCUACAACAAGCUCAUCAAGGAGAGUAAGCGAGAGAAAGCCCGUGUGUUUGCCGUGGUGGUGACAGACGGGCGCCACGAUCCGCGGGACGACGACAUCAACCUCCGGGCCUUCUGCCAGGGAGACGUGAUCGUUAACGCCAUCGGCAUCGGAGACAUGUUCAACCAGCCAGACCAGGACGAGACCCUGCAGUCCAUUGCAUGCAACGACCAGCAGCACGUCCAGAAAAUGAAGCUCUUCUCGGAGCUGGUGGCUGAGGAAUUCAUUGACAAGAUGGAGGACGUCCUCUGCCCAGAUCCGCAGAUCGUCUGCCCAGAACUUCCCUGCCAAACAGAGCUGGCGGUGGCACAGUGCACACAGCGCCCUGUUGACAUCGUCUUCCUGCUGGAUGGCUCGGAACGAACUGGAGAGGUGAACUUCCGCAGGGCCCACAGCUUUGUGGAGGAGGUGUCCCACCGCCUCACGCUGGCCAGGGGUGACAAUGACAACAUGAAUGCGCGGAUCGCCCUCCUGCAGUAUGGCAGCGAAAGAGAGCAGGUGGUGAUCUUCCCCCUGACAUACAACCUGACCUACAUCUCAGAGGCCCUGUCCAAGAUCAAGUACCUGGACUCCUCCUCUAACAUCGGCUCCGCCAUCAUCCAUGCCAUCAACAACAUCGUCAUCAACCCGCAGAACCAGCAGAGAGCUGCCCGGCGCAACGCCGAGCUCUCCUUCGUCUUCAUUACCGACGGCAUCACGGGCAGCAAGAAUCUCAAUGAGGCCGUUAACUCCAUGAAGAAGCAGGACGUCAUGCCCACAGUGGUGGCCCUCGGGAGUGAUGUGGACAUGGAUGUCCUGCUGAAGAUUGGCCUAGGGGACCGAGCUGCCAUCUUCCGGGAGAAGGACUAUGUCAGCCUCUCCCAACCCGGCUUCUUCGACAGGUUCAUUAGGUGGAUAUGUUAGUUCAGGAGAAUGCGCACGUUCUCCGUCACCAAUACACACACCCAUGAUAUUCCUUGGUUUGUUUUGUUCUCUUGCCACUCUAUGGUUGUAAGCAGGCCCUGAGCGGUUGGUACAAACUGCCCUCUGGACUGUCUCUUUUUUAACCAAAGUUUGAAGCUGAUUUUUUUUAUUUUCAUGAUGAACAACAAUGUCGCUCAUGUUAAUGGUGCUAAUUAUAAUCAAGAUCAAAGAAGUAUUCAGAGCCAUACCAUGUCAUUUGUCAUGCCCUAAGCAAACAAAAUGCUCUCUUUUGUGUGUGCUGUGAUCCUAUGGGUGCUAAACAGCGGGGCAGCAAAACUUUCCAAUUCAGCAAGAGGAAGAGUCAUCUCUGGCAUCCAAGAAUGUGUCCAGCCACCCGCCCCACAGCCCCUAUCCCCCCACCUUCCCAAGCAUUCCUAGGUGGAGCUUGCAUCGUGCUGGGGGCAGUACCUCCCCACUGCUGUUGCUGACGGCUCUUUGUCCUGGGAUCAAGCUCAAUGGCUUCUAAGUGGGCCUGUGCACUGAGCUUGGACCUCAGGUUUAUUCAUAGUUAAAAAGAGUAGAAGAAAAAUAAUUGGAGCCUUCAUUAUCCUAGUGGCAUCCCCAGGCUUUGACACGUUCCACUGGUGAGCACCUUCUCUUCCCGCUCACCUCUCCUCCUGCCCUCGCUGAGGGGCUUCAGGGGUAGAUUGCCUCUGGUACAUCCUGGUAUGUCUUGAUGUGACCAGCAAAGUGCACUUCCAUUGCCUUGUUACCUGUUCUUACCAGGGGGUUACCUGUCCCCCUCCCUAGCAAUGAUGGGUUGGUCUGUUAGCCCAAGUUCUGAACCAUUCCUUAUGCUCCCAUAUGACCCAUUCAGCGCUACAUCUGCCUUGCAUUUCACUGGCCUCCUCCUGCAUCCAGACUGUUCUGUGACUCUCCUUGUCUUGCUUCCUUCUGCUACCAUCACCCAUCUCUCCUGAGUGCCUGUGCAUUUACCACCUCCAUUAGAGUCCUCAUGGGGAGGACCAGUGUGCAGGCAGGGUGGCAGCACCCAGCCAGGCUCCUGGCGGGGCGGUCUGAGCUGGAGCGCACCCAAGGGUGUGCAUGUGAAACCAGGAAAUUGCAGCUUAGAGCACACGUGCGACUGGGGUCGCCUGAAUGACAUCCAGCCCUGGACUCCGCUUGUGCUCUGCAAAAUAAAUCAAUAAAUAAACUACCCCACCCUAAAACUA